AUGGCUGCCCUCAUACCUCUGGUGAAGCCCAAGAUCAUUAAAAAGAGGACCGAUCUAAGGUCAUUGAAAAGAGGACAAAGACAUUCAUCCAGCACCAGUCAGACCGAACAAAUUCUUUCUUCAAAAGGAACAGAAGAGUUUGCCCAGAGUUCUGGACAAAAUGGUAUUGUGGUUUUUACUCCGGGGUCAGUGGUCGGUCCUAACGGGACAGAACAAAGAGCUAAUGUGAUUGCAUCAGCCCUUGCCCAGAUUCCACAAAAGGUUCUAUGGAGAUUUGAUGUGAAGAAACCAGAAACCUCAGGACCCAAUACUCGGUUGUAUAAGUGAGUCCCCCUGAAUGACUUUCUUGGUCAUCCAAAAACCAAAGCUUUUAUAACUCAUGGUGGAACCAACAGCUUCUAUGAGGCCAUCUAUCACAGUAUCCCUACAGUGGGCAUUUCUUUGUUUGAGGGUCAACCUGAUAACAACCUUUAUAUGAAGGCCAAGGGAGCAGCUGUUGGUUUGAACUUGAACAUAAUGUCAAGUACAGAUUUGCUCAAUGCAUUGAGGACACUCAUUAAUGAUCCUUCACUGAAUGCCAUGUGGUUAUCAAUCGUUCAUCAUAAUCAGUUUACAAAGCCUCUGGAUCAAGCAGUCUUCUGGAUUGAGUUUGCCAUUCAUCACAAAGGAGCCAAGCACCUAUGCCCAGCUUCUUACAACCUCACCUGGUUCCAAUACCACUCUUUGGAUGUGACUGGGCUCCUAUUGGCCUCUGUGGCAACUGUUACUUUCCUCGUCAUAAAAUGUUGUUUUGUUGUCAAAAGUUCAAGAAAAGAAGGGGAAUAG